AUGCCACCGGGCCUCGAACACGGCACUCACUAUGGUGGCGUGCAGUAUAGCCUCGGGCAUCUCAACUGCGUGGUUCAGGGCAGGGUCGAUGCUCUGUGCAGUACAUCUCCCGGAGAGCUCCAAUCGUCCUCGUCAACGAGCCCGGUGGGGUCAGUGGUGGGGAAGGGAUGUCAUCCCCAGGGUGAGGCUGCUAUGAUACAGGUCCGCCGCAGUGGGCGCCCAUCGAAGGGCCUCCCGAUUGACAGUUUCUGGUUCAGUCGCACUCCGUUGCUCUUGAGAGCUCGCCUAGAUCGUGAGGACAUCAUCAACAAAGUGACCAAAAUUGACGCCUCCGCAGCAUGCAGGGAAUGGGAGAAAGAUGAGAGGCAUCAAGUUGCGCUUCGGAAGCUAGCCACGUUACUGUCCGAUCUGAAGAGAGCUGUCAAGGUUGCCGCCCCCAACGGGCAAGCGUGCUUCGGCUUGAUAGAACGAGAACGAGACCCCGAGCCGCCCACAAUACAGGUGUUCCUUGGCGAGGACAAAUCGGAGGUGGUACCGGAGGACAUCAACAAUCCAUGGGUCGGAAAGACAAGUCGCGGGCCACACGAGGCAUCGAACGGUGGAGGCCGCGACUCGGCCAGCGAAGCAAGACCACCUCAAGACAAAACGUGA